AUGACCGAAGCCGCAGGCCUGGCUCUGGGUGUCGUUGCCCUUUGGAAGACAUGCGUAGAGGUGUUCGAGGUUGUCGACUCCGGACGCAGCUAUGGUAUAGACUACGAGCUUCUCCGUGUGAAGCUCGAAGUGGAGCGAAUCCGUCUGGUGACAUGGGGCGACACGAUAGGCCUGGAUGGAGAGAAUUCGACAACGCAACCUGAUACGCGACUCCAGCAGAGCCAUGUGAAUGAGACAGUGAUGCGACUCCUUGGGUGUAUCCAGCACAUUUUCGAUAACUCAGAGCGUCUGCAGAGUAAAUACGGGCUCCGGCCGUCGGAGGGCCAGACGCAAAAUGCUAGUAUCGAUGUCGGGGUUGGGCCUGGGAUCUUGGGUGCAGUAUUCAGGAGGCCGUAUGAGAAUCUGCGAAGGGCUGCAAGGGAUAGACAGAAAGACACAAAGUUGAUGAAGAAGGCGUUGUGGGCUAUUCAUGAUAGACGCAAGUUUCAGACUAUGAUCAUGGAGAUCAAGGGGUUCAACGAUAAUCUGGAGAGCUUGUUUCCGGGAUCACGGCUUCAGGUUGCGGAGGCGUUGAAGAUAGAUGUGGAGAAUAGUGCUGCUGUUGAAGAACUUCAGCUAUUGCAGGAAGCGACAUCAGAAGACCAUGAAGUGCUGUCUGACGUUGCAUCGGCCAGGCUAGAGGCUUUGGGUGCCAGCACCGUGAGAUCAGAGUUACUCACUGAGAGAAGCACUUUAUAUUGCUCGGCAAAACAGAAAGGUGCCCUAUCCAUUAGUAUUCACGAUCCGCAAAGUUAUUCUUCCAAGGUAUCGGCGUAUGUUUAUUACGAGGGGCAAGGAGAGGAUCGCUGGUGGUCGCGAAAUGAAGACGGUUAUGUAGAGCCAAUACAUGCAUGCUUUGAGCUAUACAAGAGAAAGAGGUUCCACGCCAAACGAAAGGAAAAAGAUUAUGACUUGGGCACUGAAGACGACAAUGUUUUGUUCAGCGUCGAAAGCAACUCGGAAUACGAAAACGUCAACCCAGGAACUGUCACAGUCAAAGGAUUCGCGCUUGAUGCAUGGGACUACGAAGAUACCAACUACCCUCGCGAGUCCACCGUGUUCACCAACACCUCUGAUCCAGGAAACAUUACUGCUAAAAAGCUGCUACGCCGUAUCGACGAACUCCAGAAAGGCGCUGGUAAACUCGGGUGGAAUCGUGAAAUAGAUCUUAUGGAUAUGAGAGAGUUUACUGGAGACAUGGGCAUUACGUACUACGAUCCCUCGUAUGCGUUCCAGUCGAGCAGCCAGUUGUCUGAUUUAUACAGCAUGCUUAAUCGCUCCGACAUUUUUGUGAAUUUCCUUGGCACAUCAAGCAUCUGCCUCGAAUGGAACAAUCCAAAGAAGAACGGUGGCGGUAUCUGGAAUUUACUCUGGCAAGUCAUCCUAGCCAAGGAGCUUGCGCGGCGACUAGAGAGUAAGACGGAUGGUGGUUGGACUUCAGGGUUCACCCCUCGAGUUCUUGCAUCCCUAAUCGUGAGCGACCUCUGGCUCAGAAAUGUAGAAAUAGUGCUCGGAGAACCAAGAUUCAGAUUAGCAGACCUGAAGGGUGUAGAGAACGCAACAGAGAAAACCAAAGCCGAAGAUCUCAAGAAAAAAGGCAAUGAGGCUCUAGCAAAGAAUAUACUUGGCAACGAUGUCUCCGCCGCCAUGCGAACUGGUCUAACCAACGCAAAAGCCCAACAAGAAGCUGAGCUCAGGAGAAUCGACGAAGAGAAAGACUUGAAGAAGCACGAAGGGCUGCGAAAAGCAUAUGUUGAACAAGACUACGACACGUUGAUGAAGGGGGUUGAAAUGCACUCGCGCUGCCAUGAGCAACAGGUCGAAGGACUGCUGUUGUUUGCCGAGAAGAUGAAGUGGCCAUGGAUCAACGAGGUAAGGAACUACGCAGAAGAAGCAUACAGUGACUUGCGAGGGGGGCAAACCCUUCCUGCAGACUUGCACGACUGGCUUUUUGGCAUGAUACUUCCGGGUCAAUGGUUUGCAUUCAAGAUCAUGACCGCAUUGAUCCUGUGCACACCAUCCAUCAAGGAAAAGACUGGUAUAGCCGCCUUCUUCGACUGCGGUCUCUCCCUCCCAAAGAAAUCAUACUGGAGAGUCCGCACAGUACUCGGUCGAGUUCUGGGCUGUCUCCCAGGCCUUAUCUCUCUCUGCGGGUGGAUUGGGCCUUGUCCACCCGUAGAAUUCCUGUCCCCAGCCCCUGCAGACGCAGACAAACCUCACCACAUCCGACUAAAAGCGCGGAACCUCAGUCUCGUAAAACACAUAUCCCGAGACCCCAGUGCGCCAAUCAUAAUUAGCAGCUCCGGCCGCGGCUACGACGACACACAGCCGAAAGAAGGCGAAGAAAUCGAGCCCUGGAUGGCCGACAUGCGCAACGCAAGCAACUGGAUCGUCCCUGAGCCCCCCGUCAAGCAAGUCAGCACUUGCGAAUUGAAGACCAUACAGCUUAAGCGCAACAACAUAGGCAUUGGCUCCAUCGACGACGAAGAAAAAGUCAUGUACCUUGCGCAACUCGUCUUCAAGCGAGACGACAGCCCGGACCUACAAACUUACAAACUCUUCACCAACCCCGUCUUCGUGACACCUCCGCCCUGUCGUCCUGGUCCAAAGGGCGCCCAUGAAAUUCAUCUAAGGGAGCUACAUAGAUAUAGUGAGAAGAACAUUUGGACGAUCGAGCAGCUGAGGGAUCAUACGGCUGAGGAUACCGAGGAUAUCGAUGUCAUGGUAAUCAAUGCUACGGGAAAGGGAGCAGAGUUGUUGGCGAGAGCUUGGUGUUCGGAGAGGGGGAAGAAUGCGGUUAUACGGAGGGCGGGUGGGCCUUGUUAUGUUUGUGCUGUGCAGGCGGCUGGUCAGGGUGGUCUGCGGACCGGGGUGUUAAUUUGGGUUUCUUGA